AUGGUCGCUCCCAUCCGAGUCGUGCCCAAUGCGGCCGUCCGCGCGAGCAGCCUCCUCCGCACCAUCCAGUACACGCACCCGCCCUCGUGCCCGUGUCACUCCAACCCAGGCUAUCACCAGUCCCAGCCCGCCGUCCUGCCCCGACCCGCCCAACCCGGCUACCGCCGCUACGCCACACCCACCAAGACGGAGACGCUCAAGGAGUACGCCUUUGAGAUGGCCGCCUCAUCCAUCCGCUUCGGCCCCGGCGUCACCCAGGAGGUCGGCAUGGACUUUAAGAACCUCGGCGCCAAGCGCGUCGCUGUUGUUACUGACCGCACCGUCGAGAAGCUCGACGCCAUGAAGCAGGUCGUCGAGGGCCUCACCCGCGAGGGCGUCCCCUUCGAGGUCUUUGCCGACGUCCGCGUCGAGCCCAAGGACAGCUCAGUCAAGGAAGCCAUUGCCUGGUCGCGUCCGUACCAGCCAGAUGCUUUCCUUGCUGUCGGUGGUGGAUCCGUGAUGGACACUGCCAAGCUCAUGAACCUGUACACGUGCUAUCCCGACGCCGACUUUCUCGACUUUGUCAACGCGCCGCUUGGAAAGGGCCUGCCCGUCGACAAGCCGCUGAAGCCUCUCAUCGCGGUUCCCACCACGGCUGGUACUGGUAGCGAGACGACCGGCACCGCAAUCUUCGACCUCGUCUCGAAAAAGGCCAAGACCGGCGUUGCUCACCGCAACCUGAAGCCGACGCUGGGCAUCUGCGAUCCCCUCAACACGAGGACCAUGCCGGCCGCCGUCAAGGCCAGCUCCGGCCUGGAUGUCUUGUGCCACUCGCUCGAAUCUUGGACCGCCAUCCCUUACAACGAGCGCACCCCCCGCCCGGCCAACCCCAUCCUGCGACCUGCCUACCAGGGCGCCAACCCAAUCUCCGACGUCUUCUCCUUCCACGCCCUACGCGCCACCGUCAAGUACCUUCCCCGAGCCGUUAGAGAUCCUGAUGACUUUGAGGCACAGAGUGAGAUGCUCCUGGCCGCUACGCUAGCCGGUGUUGGAUUUGGAAACGCGGGUGUCCAUCUUUGCCAUGGCAUGUCAUACCCCAUCUCUGGACAGAACCCUGCUGGCUAUAGACACGCUGGUUACGACCUCCCAGCACCGCUGAUUCCUCACGGCGUCUCAGUCGCCGUGUCUGCACCGGCCGUUUUUCGAUUCACUGGCGCUUCCAAUCCCGAACGCCAUCUUGCCGCCGCCGAGGUAUUUGGUGUUGACAUCUCAAACGUCAAGCGAGAGAGCGCUGGCGAGAUCCUGGCCGAAGCUCUGACCAAGUUCCUGGCCGACCUCGGCGACCAGCCGAGCGGUAUCAAGGACCUUGGCUUCGGCAGCGAGCACAUCGAAGCUCUGGUCGAGGGCACACUGCCCCAGGCUCGUGUGCUAAUGCUUGCGCCUGGCCUUGCCAAGGAGCUGGAGACUGAGCGUGACCAGCUGCGGAAGCUCUUCGAAAAUGCCCUGUCACACUAG